CGCGGUGAACUCAACUCAACUCUUUUACUCUCUUACGAUUCUCUCUCUGAGAAAUUGAAUUGUGAAACCCAUGGCUCCGCAUGAUCUCCGCCGUCCAUUCAAACGACCGUUAAUCUCCGAUCAAGAGAGGCGCAGACAACAAUCUCUACUCCGACAGGCACAGAAUCGCCUCGACGCUCAACGCCACGCUCGCUUUUUAGCAUCCACCGCACUCUCUCUCCCCUCCCAAACCCCCGAACCUGAACCUGAACCUGAAUCCGAACCUAAUCACGAACGGGAAUCAUAUGAGAAGGAACUCGACGUAUUGGAAGCGUCGAAGCUGAAAGGUGCAGAAGCUCGGAAAUGGUUCGCGAAACAACUCAUGCUUCCCGAAUGGAUGAUCGAUAUUCCCGAAACCCUCACCAAUGACUGGUUCGUUUUUGCUAGGCCUUCAGGUAAACGGUGUUUUGUGGUUUCUAGUAACGGAACAACGAUAAGCCGUUUGAAAAAUGGUUCAAUACUUCACCGUUUUCCUUCUAAAUUGCCAAACGGUGCAAGGACAAAGGAAGUUUCCUCUGGUUCUUCUAACUCUUACUCUAUACUUGACUGCAUUUUCCACGAGCAGGAUCAAACUUACUACGUUAUCGAUAUGAUUUGUUGGCGUGGCUACUCUCUCUAUGAUUGUACUUCUGAGUUCAGGUUCUUUUGGUUGAACUCUAAGCUUGCUGAGACUGGUGCUUGUGACCCUCCUUCCUUUUAUCACAAGUAUAGAUUCAGUUUAGUUCCGGUAUACAGUUGUGACCAGAGUGGUUUGUGUGCCGCUUAUUCGGCGCCCGUGCCUUAUGUCAAAGACGGUGUUCUAUUCUAUAGCAAGCAUGCACAUUACCAGGCUGGGAUUACGCCAUUAGCAUUAGUUUGGAAGGAUGAGAAUUGCAGUCAAUAUGUUAUGGACACAGACAGUAAAGGACAAGUUCCAGAUCAACAACAGGUGGUUUUAGAGCUUCAAGAAGAUGGAAAGUUGACUACCUGUGAUGAUCCUUCUGUGGUAUUUGGCUGUUUAGAUGGAAGCUUCAUCCAGCAGUCAGAUUUGCAUUCAGGGUAUCUUCUACGGUUUGCAAUUGGAGAUGGAGGAUUGGUUUUAGUGGAUGGGAAACUUGAGAAAGCUGAUCUAAAGUAUCUUGGGAAGGCCAAUCGAGCUCGUGCCUCUGCUGAUAGUUUCUCUAAGGUUAUGUUCCAAUAUAGUGUUCGACAUUCCCCCCUCAGAAUUGAUGAUCUGCUGGGAUCUGUCAGUUUACCAGUAGAUCAAGAAAGUAAAGCAGACGACAUUGAGAUGGAUGGUUGAUAGGAUAUGCCUUACGGAUUGCAAAUAUCAGUCUUUAUCCUGAAUGCGAUGUUUGAAGUUUUCACCUUUAAUUUUGAUGAUCCACAAAAUUGCUAGCUACCAGUUACCAUACAUCUGAGAUAGAGUUGUAACUGUCAUACUCAAUUCAAGUUGUGGUUUGCCUCUGGAAUUUCUUUAACUCAUAUGAGAGCAGGUGCACACAUGCACAUUAUCUAUCUUGAGUCGAGUAUCGCAUGAUGCUAAUAGCAUGAUAUAGUGUAUCUGAUUUAUUUUUACAAUUGCAAGCAAUUUAGUGUAUUGUACAGUAUUAUAAAUUA